CCCAAGAGGAAAUAUAUUCCCAAACAAACCAAACGCUGAACUAACGCUACGGCGGCAAUGACUGAAGAGCGUAGGUAUUCAUGCGAAACCGCCGCCGAUACUUUCAGAUGGAUCAACGACAUCAUCAGCUUCCUCAAUCCAUACUUCUCCAUCUUCAUCAACGCUCACGUCGUCCAUUUCUUCAAGGAUCGACUGUGGGAGAAUGUUAAUGCAGAAUGGAUCGAUUGCCUGCGAAGAGAAUCGGUUCAGAAUCUUCUCUUAAUACCUUCUGGAGUAGUUCAGGAUCAAUGGCCAGCUUCUCUGAAGGAUUUUAUCCUAAAAUUGAGGUCUAUGGUAUUUUGUCAAGAACAAGCAGAUAUAAACAUGGCUUUACCUGGUCUUCAGAUGACUUCACUUAACAGAGUUCUUGCCCAGGGCAUGAAUGCGAAGAAAAGACAUGAAGUAGAAGCUCUUUCUGCUGUUGUAAGUGCAGUUGCAGAGAGUGUGAGGGCUCAUGCCAUUCUUGAUGUUGGUGCUGGUCAGGGUUAUCUUGCACAAGUACUUGCCUUUCAAUAUCAGCAUCCUGUCAUUGCCAUUGAUGCAUGUUCUCACCAUGGGAUGGUCACUGAUGCACGGGCAGAGCGGAUUAAGAAGCACUACAAAUCACAGAUGGUAAAGUCUAGAUCAGGUAUGCAGAGUUUGAAUAUACCAAAGACAAUCACAUGUCGUGUGUUGUCCAUUGAAUCUUUGAAAGCCUUGGUUGAAACUUCUUUGCCUGGAGAUGACCUUGAGCAAUCUAUGUUAAAGGAAGAUAAUCAAGAACAUAAAGGGAAAUCACAUUGUCCCAAUGACGCAAACAACAGACCUCCCACUGUUCUUGCUGGGCUUCAUGCAUGCGGUGAUCUUUCAGUGAUUAUGCUGAAGACUUUCUUAGACUGCAGAGAUGUUAAAGCUGUUGUUAGUAUUGGUUGCUGUUACAAUCUACUAUCGGAAGAAAGCAGUAGGGAUGGUGAAUCUCAAUGUGGAUUUCCAAUGAGUCAUGCUGUGAGAUCCACUGGCUUAUCACUUGGAAAAAGUGCACGUGAUCUUGCUUGCCAGAGUGCAGAGAGAUGGAGGAGCCUUGAUAUGCAUGCUGGCAUUCACAACUUUGAGUUACACACUUUUCGCGCCGCUUUUCAAAUGGUUCUUUCGAAAUAUUAUCCAAAAGUUGCGAUGAGUACUCCUUCAAUUGGGCGUAAAGGAAAGGCUCUGCGUAGGCAAAACCAAAGGAGAUAUUCAAAGUCGGAGCUGCAUCUCAAAGGAAGUGCUUGUCAUACGAGACAAAAUUUCCCUGCUGAAUCAAAAACUGAAGGGACUUUUGGCUCAGCUUCAGAAACUCAAACCUUACCUGGUGACAUUUCUACCAAUGAAAGUGCUGGAUGUGAAGGGACAAAAAUUGCUAACAGGUUCGAGAAUUUUGAGAAAUUUUGCCAGUCUGGAUUGUCUCAUCUUGGAAUCAAACAUUCAGAUGAUAUAAACCUGCAAAGCAUAUGGAUGGAAGCAGAACCGUUUGCUAACCUUAUAGGACCAUAUUGGUCUCUCAGAGCUGCUUUUGGGCCUCUUUUGGAAACUCUUAUUCUGCUUGAUAGGUUAUUGUUUCUUCAAGAGCAAGGUAGUGUAUUGGAAGCCUGCCUGUUACCAAUAUUUGACCCAAAUAUAUCUCCCAGAAAUGUGGCUAUAAUCGCUAAGAAGAUUGACACAGAUUUAAGAUCCUCCUGAUGCUUAAAGGUAACUAAUAUGUCAGCACGCAUCAUCUAUGUGUAUCCCGCAAUGGUGCUGUCAUCAUUCAAUCCCACUACUUUCCUCUCUUGUUGAAAAAAAUGUGUUACUCAACUCAGGUUCCAAUCGCGGUCUCGCAUAAUAAGAAAAUACUUUGUAAUAUUUAUUCAUAUGUAGUCCCAGAAUAGCUAGCUGAGUACUUAAUUAAAACGAUGCAAGCUUGUAGAGUAUUUAAGGUAGUAUUCUUUGAAAAUAGAUAUAAAAACCACUCGCUUGCUUACAAGUGAAUCAAAAGGAACAAACAUAGUUCUAUACUAUUAGACAGCCCUAUAUCAUAUACAUAUCUAAACUGUGAUAUGGAUCUGA